AUGUCCACUUUAGCGAUACGUUCAACGACCUUGAUGAGGUCAACACACCUAUGUCGACCUAUUCUCCUACAAGCUCAAUUACUUCAUCAUCCAAUUGGCAUUGCGUCGAGUAGUCGAUCAUUCUCCGUUUCUGCAAGGAGAAGCAUACAGAAAGAUGAACCUAGACAGGCUAGUCUAGCACUUCAAUCUGACGUGAGAGAAAAAGAAGAACACUCUAAAAAUAAGAUCGUAGGAGGAGAAGGUAAAGGUGUAGAAGGUCCUCAUUACCAAGAUCAAGUACCAUUAGCAACAGAUACAUUGGCUGAUGAAUCAAUAACUGGAGCUUGGACAAUGAUGAAUCCCAUUUACACUGAGUCGGAACUUGAUACGGUGAAAGUGGUAGGACGAACUCCGGUGACGAUUGGAGAUAAAGCAGCUCAUCGAACAGUCAAAUUUCUUAGAAAAGCAUUCGAUGUCUUGACAGCUUAUAAAGCAGUGCCUAUUCCACAAUCGGUUUUAAAACAGAACCCAAUUCCUAUUGCUGAAUUGAGAGCCAAAGGUCAAUUAUUAAGUCAUCAUAAAUGGUUGUUCAGAUUCAUCCUCUUGGAAUCCAUCGCCGGUGUUCCAGGAAUGGUUGGAGGUACAUUGAGACAUCUCAGAAGUAUGAGAUUGUUAAGAAGAGAUGGUGGAUGGAUACAUACUCUUCUUGAAGAAGCUGAGAAUGAACGGAUGCAUCUUCUCACAUUCAUGACUAUGGCUCAACCGACAGUAUUCACAAGAGCAUUAGUACUUGCGGCUCAAGGAGUAUUCUAUAAUGCUUUCUUCCUCACCUACUUGUUUUCGCCAAAAACGGCACAUCGAUUCGUCGGCGCAUUAGAAGAAGAAGCUGUUCGAACUUACACACAUUGUAUAGAAGAUAUGGAGAAUGGUUUAAUACCAGAAUGGAAUGAUGUCCCUGCACCUAGAAUUGCCAUUGAUUAUUGGAGAUUACCGACAGACGCCAAAUUGCUAGAUGUCAUAAGAGCAGUUAGAGCGGAUGAAGCGACUCAUAGAUUCGUCAAUCAUUCCCUGGCCAAUCUAGAUCAAAAGAAAGAUUUCAAUCCUUUCGCUUUGGUAGAAGCUAACGCUCAAACAAGAGGUGAAAAGUGGGGAUUCACAAGACAAGAAUCGGCUGAUUUCGCCAAACAACAACAGCAAAAAUUGAUGGAAGCUUCUAAGCAAAAACACAUCGCCAGCCAUUAG